AUAUGUGGGACCCAUUUUCAAACAUCAUUCGCCUUAUAAAUAUAACUAUAAAACCAACCCCUUAAAAUUCACAUAAAACAACAAAUACCAUCAAAUUUUGUGGUAACAAAAAUAAACCUACUACUAGAAUAUCCCUCCCUUUCUUUCUUUCUUGUCCUACAACCUAUAACACGUGUGAUAUUAUUAUACAUGGCUAUCACCGGAGCACCGGGGAGGUUCCCGGCGGGGCGCCGGGUGUUGGCUUAUGAUACUUCGAUGGGCGAUGAGAAGUUGGAGUAUUGCGACGAGCUAGCGGUUAGCUCGUCGGAUUCGGUGUUCGGGUUUUUGGAGGGGUCUAUUGAGAGUACCACGAGUAAUGAAGGGUAUCAUCAAGAGGGUGAUGCUAUAUUUGAUGAAGAGGAAGAAGGGGAGAAUUCGGGGAAUAUCUUUGAAGAAAAUAAGACUUUUUGGGAAAAUCAGCAUAAUCUUUUGCAGGCAACAUUGUGCCGGACGACAUCUCUAGAAACGGGUAUUAGAAAUGUGACCAAAGAGGCAUUGAAAGAGUUGCAAGAUCAAGGGCAUUAUUGUAAAUGCGGCAAAGCGGUGGCGGGAAACAAUUGCCGAAGUUGCAUGAUAAGAGAGGUCUCUAGUAGGCUUCGAAUAGCCGGAUACAACAGCGCGAUUUGCCGGACAAAAUGGAGAAGUACACCAGAAAUCCCUGCAGGUGAGCACACAUUCAUUGAUGUAGUUGAUAAUUCAAGCUCGAAAAGGGGAGAAGUAAGGGUGAUAAUCGAAUUAAGUUUCAGAGCGGACUUUGAGAUUGCAAGAGCAAGCGACGAUUACAACCGAUUAGUCAGUCGCUUGCCCGAGGUCUUCGUAGGGAAAGCCGACCGACUAAAGGCCUUGAUCAAGGUAUUGUGUGCCGCAGCCAAGAAGUGCAUGAAGGAUAAGAAAAUGCACAUGGGACCUUGGAGGAAGCAAAAAUACAAGCAAGCAAAGUGGUUUAGCACUCCUUAUGAGAGAAAAGAGGAGGUUAAUGCACCAGCAAAUCGCGUUAAUUCGAGUCAAAUUAGCAAGCCUGCACGGGCAGCUUCUAUGCUAACAAUAGCAUUGAUGGAUAUGCAUAGGAAACCAGUUGCAGUUGUGUAACAAUUCCUCCAUUUCGCGGGUUAUCAUCAUUUUUUUUGUAUUGUACGUAAUCAAUGAUCCUUCCUUUAGUCUUGAAGAGUGUAUAGGAAUUGCGGAAUGUAUUACUAGUAGGUAGAGUGUGUGUUGUAGUUGUGACUUUAGAUUGCCAAACAUGGCUUUUGCAAUAGUGUGCAAUCUUCAUUUCUUGUUGCUACUUGUCUUGUUAGUUAAUACUCCCUCCGUCCCCGAAACUUCGACCCUUUUGGGUUGAUUUCGCGGGUAUUAAGAAAGUUAUUGGAAGUAUAAGAGUAUAUGGGGAAGCUAAGAAAAGUAAAUUGAAAAAGGAAAUUUACAUCGGAAUUGCAAAAAAGUAGAGAGAGAAAGUAAUAAAAGUUUAUAGAAAAA